GAAAAGAAACACCUGUCAUUCCGAGUUGAAAUUCGGCAUAUACCCAUCUCUCCACCCUCAUCACUCCAUUUCUGAGUUUUAUUUACAAACCAAAAACCUCUCUCUCCAUUCUCAACUCUCUCUAGAACUCUCAACCUCUCUCCCUCUGUGAACCCCAAAACCCUAACAACACAAAUGAGUCACCCACAACCCCAAGACCCCGCCGACCCCCAGCUCCCCCAAAUCAGAAUCCACCACCCCAACUCCCCCCGCCACCACUCCUCCCCCGCCGCCGCCACCCCUACCCCCACCGCCGGCGCCCGCCGCAAGCUCGGCGUCGCCGUCGACCUCUCCGACGAGAGCGCCUACGCCGUCCGCUGGGCCGUCGAUCACUACAUCCGCCCCGGCGACGCCGUCAUCCUCCUCCACGUCAGCCCUACCUCCGUCCUCUUCGGCGCCGACUGGGGCUCCACCGACCUCUCCCUCGCCGCCAACGAUAUCGACCUCGUCGACCCCACCUCCCACAAGCAGAACCUCGAGCACGACUUCGACGCCUUCACCGCCGCCAAGGCCGGCGAUCUCGCCCGCCCCUUGAAGGAGGCCCAGAUUCCCUACAAGAUCCACAUCGUCAAGGACCACGAUAUGAAGGAGCGGCUCUGCCUCGAGGUCGAGAGGUUAGGGCUCAGCGCCGUCAUCAUGGGCAGCCGUGGCUUUGGGGCUGUCAAGCGCGGUAGCGACGGCAAGCUUGGGAGUGUCAGCGAUUACUGUGUGCACCACUGUGUUUGUCCAGUUGUGGUUGUGCGUUAUCCUGAUGAUAAGGAUGAUGACAAUGCCGGCGGAGUUAAGGCGGCUCCUUCUGCUGUGGUUGCUGUUAAGGAGGAUGAGGCUGUGAUCAUGCCGGUCCCGGCUCCCAAAGAGCAUCUUAAAGAUGCUUAAUUGCUCCAAGAACAGUUUGAUCUUCCCAAGUAAAGUUUGUGUAGAUGUCUGAGUCAACUGGGAUUGGAUUCAACUGGAUUAGCUGACAUGUAGAGGAGUCAGUCCAGAUUGAUGCUGCUAGCCUGCUCUUUCUUGUCCCACCUGUCCUUGGCAACUACUUUGCGUCUGCCGUAGUGACUUUGGGAGGAUUGGAGUCAAUAUUUGUAUUGUUAUGAAUGAGGUUUCUGGAAUUCAGUGAGGCGUUUGAAACUAUGUUUGGCUGCUGUAUUUGUUAUCAGAUUCAUUUUCUAUUUCAAGGAUGUGCUUUGUUGUUGCUUCUGGUAAUGCACAUGUUAUCAUAAAAUCUGCAUUGUUAUACAUGGAUUUCUGGAACAACCCCAGUUGCCCCUAAUACUAUCCUUCGAUGUUCAUGUGUAAACUAGAUUAGCUUUCGGA